AUGCUCCGACAGUCUCUGGCCCGUUCGGCUUGGCGGACCGGCAGGCGGGCGGCCAAUGCCUCACGGGCCUUUGUGACGACUCCCCAGCGGCAGGCGGAGGUCGAGUUGACAAUUGAUGGAAAAAAGGUGUCAAUUGAAGCUGGCUCGGCCCUCAUCCAGGCUUGCGAAAAGGCGGGAGUCACGAUCCCUAGAUACUGCUACCAUGAGAAACUGAUGGUUGCCGGAAAUUGCCGUAUGUGCCUCGUCGAGGUCGAAAAGGCGCCAAAGCCUGUGGCCUCUUGCGCUUGGCCGGUGCAGCCCGGCAUGGUGGUGAAGACGAACUCGCCGCUCACGCACAAGGCCCGCGAGGGCGUCAUGGAGUUUUUGCUGGCAAACCACCCCCUCGACUGCCCCAUCUGCGACCAGGGCGGUGAAUGUGACCUCCAGGAGCAGUCCUUGCGAUACGGUGCUGACCGAGGCCGAUUCCAUGAGAUCGGUGGCAAGCGGGCUGUCGAGGACAAGAAUAUUGGUCCGCUCAUCAAGACGUCGAUGAACCGAUGCAUCCACUGCACGCGAUGCGUGCGCUUCGCCAACGACAUCGCCGGCGCCCCCGAGCUGGGCUCUACCGGCCGCGGCAACGACUUGCAAAUCGGCACCUACCUCGAGAAGAACUUGGACACGGAGCUCUCGGGCAACGUCAUCGAUCUCUGCCCCGUCGGAGCCCUUACGUCGAAGCCGUAUGCCUUCAAGGCUCGUCCGUGGGAGCUGAAGCACACAGAGUCGAUUGACGUCCUGGAUGGGUUGGGUUCCAACAUCCGCGUCGAUUCCCGCGGCCUCGAGGUCAUGCGCAUUCUCCCUCGCCUCAACGACGAUGUCAACGAGGAGUGGAUCAACGACAAGACCCGUUUCGCUUGCGACGGCCUCAAGACACAGCGCCUGACGAUGCCCUUAAUCCGGCGCGAUGGAAAGUUUGAGCCUGCUGACUGGGAGGAGGCCCUGGCCGAGGUUGCUCGGGCCUGGGAGCAGAAGAAGCCCCAGGGCAACGAAUUUAAGAUCGUCGCUGGUGCUCUGACCGAGGUGGAGUCUCUCGUCGUUGCCAAGGACAUGGCCAACAAGCUUGGCUCCGAAAACCUCGCUCUGGACACGCAUACCGGAAGCCAACCGAUCGCUCACGGCGUCGAUGUCCGCUCAAACUACCUGUUCAACUCGAGAAUCUGGGGCAUCGAAGAGGCCGACUGCAUUCUGCUCGUGGGAACGAACCCUCGGCACGAGGCUGCCGUUCUGAACGCACGUAUCAGGAAACAGUGGCUCCGAUCCGAUCUCGAGAUUGGGGCUGUUGGCGAGACGUGGGAUUCAACCUUUGAGCUCGAGCACCUCGGAACCGACCACGCAGCCCUCAAGAAGGCACUGGCUGGCCCCUUUGGCAAGAAGCUUCAGGCCGCGAAGCGACCGAUGAUCAUUGUCGGCUCUGGUGUCACUGAUCACGCUGACGCCAAGGCAUUCUACGAGACUGUCGGUGCGUUUGUUGAGAAGAACGCCGCCAGCUUCAUGACGGAGACGUGGGACGGCUACAACGUUCUCCAGAGGGAAGCGUCGCGAGCUGGAUCCUUCGAGGUCGGGUUCGUCACGCCCUCGACCGCCGUUGCCGAGACGAAGCCGAAGUUUGUCUGGCUGCUGGGCGCGGACGAGUUCAACGCGGCGGACAUUCCCAAGGACGCAUUUGUCGUCUACCAGGGCCACCACGGCGACCGGGGCGCCGAGAUCGCCGACGUUGUCCUGCCCGGCGCUGCCUACACGGAGAAGGCGGGCACGUACAUCAACACGGAGGGACGGGUCCAGAUGACGCGCGCCGCCACGUCGCUUCCGGGGGCCGCGCGAACCGAUUGGAAGAUUCUGCGUGCCGCGAGCGAGUUCCUGGGCGCCCCCCUGGCGUAUGACGACGUCGCCGCUGUCCGAGACCGCAUGGUGGAAAUUAGCCCUGUGCUGGCCGCCUACGAUGUUGUCGAACCGGUUGCUCUGCGUAAGCUGAGCAAGGUCCAGCUUGUGGACCAGAACAAGGGAUCAAAGGCCAGCGGGUCGCCACUGAGAAAGGUGGUCGAGAACUUUUAUUUCACAGACGUCAUCUCGAGAAGCUCGCCAACGAUGGCCCGUUGCUCAGCUGCUAAGGCUGCCGGAGACCCGAGGACGAACUUUAUGGCUCCCGGCAUGGAGGAGGAUAGGCCGAUGGGCCAAGUUGCGUACGGUGCAUGA